UGUUCAUUGACACUCAUAGUUCAGUCGAUGACCUCGUGAAUUUAGACCUUGACAGUCAGGAAAUUAACAUGCGGUAAUCAGCUGUUCACCAUGUUUACAUGUUCUUUCGAAACGAGAAGGAAUACACAAUCAUUCAUACCCCCUGAGACUAGCAAAUUGGAAGGACUAAUCAGUGUUAAUAGUGGAUAUAGUAAUUAGAAAAUUAUAGUGUUUAUGUAACUUCAAAGUGUGAUGCAAGGAAUUGAAAUGACAUUUAAAUAUAGUUAGGCCCUAUAAGCUGUUCAGUGUUUAAAGAAAAAACUUACAUCAUGAAAUUACGAAUAUUUUAUUUGAACUGUAGAAACACAGUGGGAUAUGUGAAUUGUUUACAAGGAAGCUGGUGUCGGUUGAGAGUAGCCCAUAUGUCGUCCAUCAGGCCAAAAAAAGUGGAUGUCAUUGAUUUGACUACAGAUGACCAACCAGCCAAUACACCCCCACCAACCCAUACAGACAAUAAGAGGAGUAUAAAUGAGAUUUCGAAAGGGCCACAGUUAGAUAGUAAUCUGGUUCACAGUGGUUCCUCACGUGGAGUGAAUGGUGGAGAAAACUGGCUCUCUGAUGCAAUGUUUCGACCAUUCGGUCCAUUAAAACAGGCGGGGCAAGGUGUAAUUAGACAUUUCAAGCGAACCAACAAACCAGUGCAGACUCUGGAGAAGGGACCACUAGCACCUGGAAGUAAACAGAGAGUUGGAUUAGAUGCAGAGGUAGAGAGAAAUGAACCACAAAGCCAUGUGAAGAGGUCGCGGAGUGAACCUGCCAUUGAACCAAGAGAUUCCUUACCUAGAAAUAGAGAGUGGGAGUUAACUCCCUUUGGUAAGGUAUGCCAAACAAGGGGUCAUCACGGGCUUCCCUUCUCUCUGAUGUCUUACAAUGUGCUGGCCCAGGAUCUUCUCCUGGACAACCAGUACCUGUACCGGGACCACCCCACACAAGUUCUGGACUGGGAGUACCGCAAACAGAAACUUUUGCAGGAGUUUAGUGUCCAUCAACCCGACAUUUUAUGUAUGCAAGAGGUCCAAGAGUCUCAUCUAGAAGAAUUUUACAUACCACAACUCAAGGCCUUAGGAUAUGAAGGCGAGUAUCUUCGAAGAACGGGGGGAAAGGUGGAUGGCUGUGCUACAUUUUACAAGAAAGACAAAUUCAGUGUUGAAGAAGCAAGGCAUGUCCACUACUUCCAAGAAGGCUCUUCACUUACCAACAGAGAUAAUGUAGGUCUAAUUCUAAGACUCAUACCUCUAAACGGACAGGAAGGAUUCUGUGUGGCAAAUACACACCUGCUUUACAACCCUAAACGAGGGGACAUUAAACUUUUACAAUUAGUGAAACUCUUGGCAGAGUUAGACCACAUGAUACCCGACUUUCGGAGUGUACCUGUUAUACUGUGUGGAGAUUUCAAUGCUCGUCCACAUAGCUUCAUGUACAAAUUCAUUUCACAGGGAUAUCUGAGGUACCAUGGCUUACCAAUAGAAGGUAUCUCUGCCCAAAGGUACGGUAAAGGUAGAAAGCUAUUGGACAUGGGCUUGAUUCCUUCAAAUCUAACAAUCUCUGACCAGUGUCACUAUCUAGAAGAACAGCAUGUGAAAAUGUUGAGGGAAAGUCCAGUGUUGGAAGGACAGUUCCACACUUAUCAUAGCUCACCCUAUCACCAUUUCCACUUUCCCCAGGUGUCUCAGAAUUCUGGCUUUUUGUGGCAUAAAUUUCAUCUGAUCUCUGCUUACAAACAUUUCAUCGAAAGGACAGGAGAGCCAGAGGUGACAACACAAACUAGUCCUUUUGAUAGUUCCGUCGUAGACUAUGUGUUUUAUACAGUGGACGGAAGGGAGAGUAAAUCUAGAAGGGGAAAUUUCUGUAAUAGGAAUGUCCAAGAAGGCAGGAUCAAACUGUUGGGCCGUUUGGGCUUACUGUCUCAAGGGGAGAUCAGUUCCGUCGGAAAUUUACCAAAUUUUCAAAAUCCAUCCGAUCAUAUGCCAUUAAUGGUGAAAUUUCUUCUCACGUGACCAAAAAAAAAAACUCUGAAUAUUCAAUUAGAUUUCCCAAAAGUGACAAUGUGUAAAAUAAUAGUGAAUAAAUUCCUACGAACAGAAGAAAGAGGUUCAAAUUUAGAACCAAUAUCAUAUUUAUUUUAUUGAUUAUUAAUAUGCAGUGUUAGAUUUUGAUACAUUCUGUACAACUCUGUGAUGUUAAAAAAUAAUCACAUAAAAAGAUGUUUUUACUACUGGUACAUUGUACUUUGAGUGAUCUGAAAAUUUAAAGAGAGAAUCAACUAUA